CCACCGGCAGCUUCCGGGGGAUGAGUCCGCCGCGCUGGCUGGCGUGCGCUGCGUGCGGCCGCGGCGUGGUGACGUGUCACGGCUCGAGCCCCGGAUUGGAGUCUUGCCCCAGCCGCCUGGAGCGGUUCCUCUGGGCUACCAUUGUAUACGGUCAGUGCCCCGGCGCUGGGAGGGUGUGGCUGCAUCCGGUCGCGCGGCGCGCGCAUGCGCGCAGCAGAGAUGCACGGGCGCUGUCCUGGCAGCAGACAGUUCACGUCACAGAGUGUGUUGCCGGGGCCGGAUGGAUGCGUGCCGUGUCUGCGGAGCAGCGCGCAGGGCCGGGGCGAGAUGGAUCAGGUAGAGAUGAUCCUGGAUACAGCAGAAGCCCUAGCACGUCCUUGUUUUCUCCCCUGACCACACCUCCCUCUGAUGAGCUACUGGAGGUUAGGAUGAUAGAGCAGGGAGCGGGCCAAUCAGAUGCUGCGGGGCUGGUGCCUGGGGGUAGAAGCUUGCGGAGGCCCCCUGGCUUGCCUUGCCGCCCCAGGAGAGAAGGGGCAAAAGAAAUUUUGACCUUUACAGGAGAAACUUGAGUGGAGAACUCAGAUGUGUUUUGUCAGACACCACAUGCUCACUUAGCUGUAUGGACCCGAUCAAGCCUGCUGUUACUUGGAGGUGCAGAUUAUGCCAGCAAAAUCUUAUGAGUGCUGUGUAUGCAAUUCACGCUCAGCGGAGUUUCCACUCUCCCCUUUCCUCAGGGUUUUGGCUGCACAAGGGUAACCAGCUCCCACUGGAAGCUUCCAAGCGACCUCUACCAGCAGAGGUGCUAAAAGACUGUGCUGAACCAGUGCACCCUUCUGCUCCCUAGGCUAGCACCACCUCUAGGAAUAUGUAGAUCCCUUGGCACAGAAAGGAUGGGAGUGAAAAAGGGAUCUGUGUUCACCUUGCUUUGCCAAGGCCCUAUGCAGAAGCUGGCUAAAAUCUAGCUCUAUGGAUUUUAAAUGCAGAAUUUUCCAGUAUGAAGGAACAUUCUGUUCAAAACCCCCACCUGGGUAAGUAAAAAGCCAAAACAAUGACUUCCUCCUGUG